GUCGCUGCAGCCUCGCGUCGACGACGUCUACGAUGUCGUCUGGCCGGAUGCUGAUGCCGCGUCACGCUUCGGAGAGGUCGUUGUGGCUGCUCUGGCGAGCAAAGGCUACUGUGUCAUCCAAACUAGCUUGAGCGAAGAGGAGCGUGAAGCCGCUUGGAGGAGUGCGCAGGAACAAGACAGAUAUUUCUUCCGCAUGAAGCAAGAGGUGGAGACUGGCUACAUGGGCUUUGAUUCCAACAACAAGGUCGCCUGGCUUAAGGAGCGGCGAGAGGAGCAAUCAAACCCGGAUGGUCUGAACUAUCCGGAGGAUGAAGAACUCGACAACAAAGCCUUCGAUGGCAGUGAAAAACUCUUCACGGACCUGGCGACAGCAAUUGCGCCUUUGACACCCACGCUGGGUGUCAGCUUUAGCUACAUCAUGAACCCUCUCCUGAGAGUGUCAAUGACCAAGAACGAGGAGGAGGAUUAUCUGCCCGAGUCUGUCCGGGACAUGAUGCAAGAUCCGGAUUCGGGUUGGACGGUUCCAGUUCAGGAGUACCUUUUCUUCUCUCGACGAAGAAGGCUGUGCGUGAUGCAUCUCAUUGAGGCCGAGGGAGGUGAGGUGUGGUUUUACCCGAAGGAUGGUUCCUUCCUAUCCGGUGGCAAGCGGAGCAUGCGAGUGCCGGCUGCUCCCAACAAGCUCCUGAUUUUCCGCCACGACAUAAUGGAUUAUUCCUUCCAGGCCGUUGGCCGGAGCUUGGCACUACAGGCUUGGCUCAUGCAGGACAUCGGCAAGUCCCAAGCAAUUCGAGAGAUGUACUUGAACCUGGGUCAGAGGGGAGACUCGGGCGAGGUGGUGUGCAACCCGGGGCCUGAAGUCCCUGAUGGACCCAAGGCGAGCAUCAUGGCUUUGACCACUCGGCUUCCGGGAGAGGCAUGGUCUCCGGCCCAAUACUGGUCCAUGUUCUCCUCAGGCACGGACACCUGCUCACAGUGGCCGUACUCUCGCUGGGAGACAGAGCCCUACUACGAGGAGGGCGCCGAUUCCAUCGCCACUGGCAAGUCGUACACCUGCCAUGGUGGAUUUGUUAGCCAAGAUCAGAUCGCUCAGUUUGACAACGUCUUCUUCGGCAUCGAUGACACGGAAGCCCGGUCAAUGAUUCCAGGCCAGAAGAUGUCCAUGGAGGUCGGCUACGAGUGCUUGGUUGCUGCGGGCUUCAACAAGAACAGCCUGAAGGGCCGGCGCAUGGGUCUUUGGUUUGGUGAUGUAGGGCCCGACUGGCACAGCUUUCAGACGGAGUGGGCAAGGUUUUGUCCUGACAUAUGCCCCACAAUGAUGGGCCUGAGCAUGAGCUGUGCAACCACAGCUGCACGCAUUGCCCACCAAUUUGAUAUCCGCGGGCCAGUUUCCUCUUAUGACACCGCGUGCUCAGCCUCCUUGGUCGCAAUGAACGCCGCGCAUUUGUGCAUGUUCGACUCGGACCCACCCAAGCCUGACAAUGCUGAAGCACUGAUUGUGGGUGUAAACACCCUGCUGGGACCUGGAUCCUUCAUAGGCAACUGCAUGGCCACGAUGCUUUCGCAUCAAGGCCGCAGCUUCACCUUCAACCGCAGUGCUGAUGGCUACCAGCGCGGUGAAGGUUGCGGAAGCGUUUUCGUGAAGCUGUACCAGGGCGACAAGCGCGAUGAAGAAGAGCGUGUCUGUGCGCUCAUCGGCACAGCAACCAACCAGGACGGCAGGAGUGCAAGCUUGACGGCUCCCAACGGUCCAGCACAGCAGGCAGUGAUCAAGAAGUCAAUGCGGUUCGCUGGCAUCAACCCAAAUACUGUGUCCAUAGCCGAGUGCCACGGCACGGGAACUGCUCUCGGAGAUCCCAUUGAAGUCGGCGCGCUUAUGGCAGUGAUGCAUGAGCGCAAGGUCCCAAUCCUGAAGACCAGUGCGAAGAGCAAUGUGGCCCACUUGGAGGCUGGCGCCGGAAUCGCCGGUCUGACGAAAUGCAUCAUGAUGAUCAACUUCGGCACGGCCCCGCCGAACUGCCACUUCAACAUCAUCAACCCGCACUUGACGAUCGAAGGGUACCCCGUCUACUUCGACACGGAGGACAUUGACGUGGGCCUCAGCAGCCUCUACUGCGGCGUCUCUUCCUUUGGCUUCGGCGGCACCAACUCGCGAGCGGACGUCUACGGCUACGCGACGAAGGGGCACAAGGCGGCCAUGAAGGCCAACUUGCCGACGCCGUCUCUUCCGAGGGCCUUGCACAUCGGGCAGACGCUGUACAUCAGUGGUUCUUGGGACAAAUUCGCGACUUACAAGGCAAUGGAUGGAGGGAGGUACGGCAAGUACACCUGCACAAUCGAACUCGGCGAAAGCCUGUGCGAAGAGUUUCAGUUGUCGUGUACGGAAGACAACCUGGAGGUGAUUCAUCCCCUCGUCAAGAAGGCUGACAGUACCGAGCAGAUCGUCGGUCCGGACUACGCAGGGAGGGGACUGAACUUCUUCAUCGACGGCCGGAAGGACGGCGUCCCACCAGGGACUCUGUAUCAGAUCGACUUCAGUUGGAUGGAUGACAAGAAGACCAUCUCCUGGAUGCCGGUGGAAGCUGACGCAAGCCUGGAGGUGCAAGAUGGGCAGCCCGAGCUGGAGUAG